UGGAGGCAACGCGCGCGCACGAAACAACAGACAAUCGCGCCGCAGUGACAAAACAUGACAGCGACCGCCUAUUGGCCGCGAGCGACGUCGUAGGAGACGAAGAAGAGAAAAAAGUCAGCGUGCUAGUGACAAGUGCGCGAGGAUCUGCCUGGCUAGCUUCUUAUUGUCUCUACAGUCCUGCGACUUGCUGGAGUUGGGGGGCGGAAGGAUUCAAUCGCGAGCAUGACAUUACUUGCAAGCCACAUCCAAAGUUGAACAGAAAAGGACAAGACAUUUAGACUAAUCACAAAAGGCGCUUUUUUUUAAUUGACCACCCGGUUUCUUACUUGUCUGGCUCAGCAGUUUACCCAUAACUUCAGCUUCUUUCACUUGACUGUUUUUCUUAGUGCGUAAUGAGUAAAUAAACCGCGCUAACCUCGCUUGGACUAUUUGUGUUGGAAGAUGCGUUCCAAAUCAGUGGCGAGAAGAGUGACAGCUCAGGAAGGAUCCGAAGAUGAGAUAGAAGUGACAUCGGAAGCUGAUCAGCUGGACAACAGUAUUGAAGAACCGCAGCCCUAUACAAACAACAACUUCCAACAUUCUAAAGAUAUAAUGUCCGACAUUAAGAAACUUUCAGUCAAAUCGGAUCUGUACGAUAAUAAUCAUAAACCGUGCUUGCAAAACGGCAAGUUCAACAACGGCUUUUUCAACCAACAAGAUGAGAGCAAAUUUGACAUGUUCUAUAAGAGAACAAGAGACAUUAUUUUGUCAAGUGGAGCCUUACCUAGUGAGUUGGAGCUGAAAGAAGAUCGAGUUUAUGCAAGAAGUAACAUCAGCAAAGGCACUAGAUAUGGACCAUUUCAAGGGAAAUGGGCUAGUAUUCCGGAACAUCCUCGAUUUGCAUGGGAGAUUGUGGCCGGAACUGAAGUUCGAGGUUGGUUGGAUGGCUCUCUGAAUCACCAAAACUGGAUAAAAUUAAUUCGAAGUGACUCCAAUAAAAAUGCAGCAAACAUGAAAUAUUUCCUAGUCAGUGGCGAGGUGUGGUAUGAGACUAUUGUGGAUAUAGCGGCUGGUGAUGAAAUCUGCUUGGGACCCAAAGCACUUUUGAACUUGAAAGAUAUGUUUGCUGAUUCGACUACAAGUGAUGAUAGAUCUGAUAGAGAAACUGUUCUGUUGGUCUUGAAAGAGCAUUAUUCGGGGCUGCACAUCAAAACUUCUCAACAUAGUGGAACAGUAGAUGACCGCGAAAACGAUGAGGACGAUGAAGGUCUAACUCGAUGUUGCAACUGUGAUCAACCGUUUAGUGAUGUAGAAAAAUUAGAUGAACAUCUAAUUCACAAGCACAACUAUCGAAGAGACCAAUAUCAGUGUGAUCUGUGUCCAAAGUUGUAUUCAGACAAAGCGUGUUUGAUCCGACACAGAGCCAUUAUACAUGGUGAGACCAAAAAGUUUCACUGCGAAAACUGUCCGAAAGUAUUCACGGAUCCCAGCAAUCUCCAGAGGCAUAUAAGAACACAUCACGUCGGUGCGAGAUCUCAUGCUUGUCCAGAGUGUGGAAAAACGUUCAAUUCUUCAUCUGGAUUGAAGCAGCAUGCCAAUAUUCAUUCAUCUGUGAAACCUUUUCAAUGCGAAGUGUGUUUUAAGGCCUACACUCAAUUCUCCAAUUUAUGUCGACAUAAGCGAAUGCACGCAGAUUGCCGCCUCCAAAUAAAGUGCGUCAAGUGUGGACAACCUUUUUCCACUGUAACUUCACUCUCCAAGCAUAAACGGUUUUGUGACUCCACCGGACAGCCCUCAUCUUUAACGUCACCCCCACAGAUUUCAAUGGCCAGCAGCUAUCCAUUCUAUCGGCCUCCUGCUCUUCCUUUUCCAUUUCCAUCGCCAUUUUCCAGUUACCAAAUGCAAAAUAUGUUGCUUCCGUCUGGCCCCAAUCCCAGCUUUUUACCGCCGUUCUUCUUGAAUCCCCUUCACCGACCCAAAAUGGAUGAAGGCCCACAGUGCAAAAGAAUGAAGUUGGAAACUAGUCCAGACAAACGAGAACAGUACAUUAAAGAGCGCUUUACUCCUCCAAGAGUGCCAAUAAUUGCAGAAAAAGUCAGUCCGCCAACGGCGGAAGAGGCCGAUUUAACUCCAUCACCGGCUCGACCAACUACUUUUUCCAUGCCGAGGGAGAAACUGCAUUCAACAUCAGAAGACGAAACGGUAAAAGACACUGCAUCUAGACCGAGUUCUGCUACUAGCGAAGAAGGCGAUCAACCGUUGGAUCUUUCUGGUUGGAAUGCAACUCGGGCUCCUGAGAAGGAGCCGAAGAAAGAGCACAAAGUGGAGAAAGUUGAAAGCCGCUUAGCCACCCCUCCGCCACCAGUCAAAGCGGAAAAAAUCGAAAUAGUGGAAUUGGAAGAGCAAAAGAAAAGUUCUCCUAUAACACCUCCCAUGGCUUAUCCUCGACCCACAUACCCAAUGGUUCUGGAUAUGUACCGAUCAAAUUUUCCAAAUUUUCAACAGAACACCGAUAGACUUUUGCCUUUUGGCCCUCCUAGAUUUCCUUUAAUGGGUACCUCGUUCCAUCAACGACUAGACCUGCUCAGGCCAGGGCUGCAAAGCUUCAACCCGGUAAAACCGUACCAUGAUGUUAUUCAUCAGCAAAACUCCGGAAAAAUUAAGGAUAGAUAUGCUUGCAAGUAUUGCGGAAAAGUGUUUCCAAGAAGCGCAAAUUUAACGCGACAUCUGCGUACGCACACUGGCGAACAGCCGUACAAAUGUAGAUAUUGUGAACGGAGCUUUAGUAUCUCGAGCAAUUUGCAGAGACAUGUAAGGAAUAUUCAUAACAAGGAAAAGCCGUUUAAAUGCCCUCUUUGUGAAAGAUGUUUCGGGCAGCAGACCAAUUUGGAUAGACACUUGAAAAAGCAUGAAACUGACGAUGGCAAUGGAGUGGUAGCAGUGGCAGAUUCGCCAGGAAGUAGCAACGAGAAUGAGCGCGAAGAAGCUUAUGUUCGGUUGGAUGAAAUUCGGAAUUUUGUAGGGAAAGUCACCACGAACAGUGGACAAGAUUAUUACAAUCCAAACAGACGUUAUUCUCCGCCAUUUCAAGAUAUCGAUGUUGUCGGUAAAGAUGAGGAUGAUUCCGAAGUGUACUCGACAGAAUCUGUUGAAGAUUUUUCGAAAAAGGAUUCGUCAUGCGACGAAAUUUUAAACAAUAAUGAUCAGUCUAUAACGAGAUAAUUUUGCUGAUUGUGCAACAGUAACAAUUAAAAUAAUUGCAAACAUUGUGGUAGGUCUGGUAAAUAAUGAACCGUCUGUGUUAAUAAUUGUAUGUAGUUCGAGUUAAUUUGAAUUUAUCCAUAGUAUACAUAUCUAUUAGCUUUAAGGUGUUUUCCAGUUACUAUUUUAAGCGUUUUUCAAGUUCCUACACAUUCAACUUUGUCAAAUUAUUAUCAGCACGGUUGUUGUCGAAUUUCGUAAAUUUCUAAACCGCACCGCACCUGUACAUUGUACCCAUUUUAAACUAUUUUCGAAAAUGUAGGCCAACUUUUAAGCAAUGAUGGUGUUGCACCGCUUAAUGUAAAUAGUUUGAGAAACUUGUACUUAAACUUGGUUAGUAAGUGUUUUUUGUAUUUGUUAAGGUUGAAAUGUCUAAUGAGAAAUUGUUUUAAAUUAUUUCGCCAAAAGUUUAUUUAUUUGUGAAAUUAUGCCAAAGGUUUUUUUUUGUAUUUUCGUAUCAUUUAGGUUGUAUUAUAACAUACUUAAUUAGUAUUUUUAGUUUUACUUGAACUUGUUGAAAUUAUGGUAAGAUAUAAUUAUAUAGCUAUAAUGGAAAUUACAAUCGUAUAAUAAAACAUUUCGAUACUCAUGUAUUAUUAGGAAUAUUUCACUGACUAUGAUUAUGAGAACGAAAUAAAAUUUAAUACAAAAAGU